AUGACGACAGCCUUCAAAUCAAGGCUGUCGAAGAAGGCCUAUAACCGCGACCUCGUCCUCAAUUUAGCGACCAGCCCGGCCUUCGUGGGCAUCUGCGUCGGAAGCGUGUUCCUGGUGGUCACCCUGGCGGCCGUGUCGUGUGUCUGCUACCGGCGUCGCAGCGCCGUCAAGCUACAGGGCUCCCAACGCCGGGGCCAGGGCGUCGACAAGAACCUCCCGCUCAAGAAGUCGCCCGCGGUCCGGUCCCCGAGCAGUGGCCCCGCGGGACCCAUCCUCAAGAAGUCGCCGAGUCCGACGGGCACCAAGUCCCCGCUAGGCCAGAAAUCUCCGUCGAGUCAAGGAGGCCUGACCCCGCCGACGGAGGUGGGUCGGUCCAUCAGCGACUCGUCGGCCAGAGAGGGCCGCUCGGUGACCGGGGGCUCCAAGCAGCAGCACGCAGACAACGACAAGGAGAAGGAGGCCGGCAUCAGCCCCACCAGCGAGGAAAUCGUUGAGAUCAAGGAGAAAGAGGUAACGGAAGAGAAGCCAACGCAGCUGGGCCAGCUUCACUUCCGGCUCAGGUACAACUCGGAGAAGCACGCCCUGCUGGUGACCAUCGUCCGCUGCGCGGAUCUGCCCGCCCGCGACCCAAACACGGGCUCUUCGGACCCUUACGUCAAGCUGCAGCUCCUCCCCGAGAAGCAGCACAAGGUGAAGACAAGGGUCUUGCGGCGCACCCUGAGCCCGGUGUACGACGAGGACUUCACCUUCUAUGGCAUCAACCCGAACCAGCUGCAGGCCACGACGCUCCACUUCGUCGUGCUCAGCUUCGACAGGUACUCGAGGGACGACGUCAUCGGCGAGGUGGUCUGCUCCAUGGCCGGCCUGGACACCGAGCAUCUGGACAAGACGCUCGCACUCUCCCGCGAGAUUGCGCCGAGACACUUCAAGAUCCGGUCUCAAGGCCGUGGCGAGCUCCUGGUGUCCUUGUGCCACCAGCCAGCUGCCAAUAGGCUCACCGUGGUCGUGCUGAAGGCGAGAAACCUACCAAAGGUCGACAUCACGGGAUUGUCAGACCCGUACGUGAAGAUCUACCUGCUUUACAACCAGCAGCGCAUCGCCAAGAAGAAGACGCACAUCAAAAAGCGCACCGUGAACCCGGUCUUCAACGAGUCCUUCGUGUUCGAAGUCCCGUACAACGAGGGUCUGGACAACCUCAGCCUGGAGUUCCUGGUGCUCGACUGGGACCGCGUCACCAAGAACGAAGUUGUCGGGCGUCUCGAGCUGGGGCCCAGGGGCUCCCCGGCGGCGCAGCAGCACUGGCUCGAGGUCUGCAACUCGCCCAGGCGCCAGAUCGCCGAGUGGCACAAGCUCAGGGAGUGAAGCGGCCGUUUGAGCACGACGCCUUGACUUUUGGGUUCAGCGUUUUCACUUUGGAAUGUCGCUGACACAUCUCUGCCGAACUUGAAAGACAACGAUGCAAAACUCCACACAACCAGAAACGUGAAGAUGAUGACACUCAACUUUCAUCGGCGUGGGUACGAGUACAUUUUGGUUGAAACACCGGUGUUUUUGUUGUUUUUGUUUUGUUUUCUCAAUCCCCGCGAGCAUAACCAGGCGUGGUGUUGGUAUACCAGAUCCGGUGAUCUCAAUACCAAGCACCAGACUGGUUCCCGGUAGCAGUACAAAGGCGCUACUCGUGCAGCUACCGAGUGCCAUGUACGACGUGCUUACUAGUCGGUACCUCUAGUUACAUGCCAUUCUAGGGGCAUCAGUUCUGCUUUAAGGCGUUUGGAACCAGAAAUUACUAGACCUGGUGCUAGAAACACCGCGAGGCUUAAGAUGUACGCCAAGAUUGCGUUGUUUAGCUUUUUAUUAAUAUUGUUUUUUAAUUGCACCGCGUUCUUUUAGUUAAAUAAUUUGGUCAUAAUAAUCAUGACUUGGUAAGCUAGCUUUCACAAUUCCAUUUGAGUUUUUUUCUUUUUUUUUUUUUGACAGGUGAGACUUUCGGUCGAUUAUGUAAGAACGUUCGGAGACUGAACUCUUUAUUGUCAUGUCAUUAGCCCUGGUCGUUUUUGCAGGUGGGGACUUCACAGUAGUUUUUCGUGAUCGCCUAUUUUACGCAGAUAGGCUAUUUCCAGGGAGAAGAAAUUUAGGUUUUCAUAAUGGAAUGUUUAAAAGAUACGUUUUUUAACGUAAGAAUCUUGAAAAUUUAAAGACCGUUGUGUUUUUUUUUUGUAGCAUUAUUUAAUCGGUUUAUUUAUUCGCUGAAUAUUUAAGCGGAGUUAGCAGAUGUAAACAAACAAGAUAGAAACGAAAAGACCGUUGUAGCAUUAGAUUACCGAACUUUACAAAAGAUCCGGAAAAUGUACGCUGUGUGACGCUUUUGUAAAUACACAAAUGGAGAAAAGAAAACACCGAGAAAUAUAUGUCAGCUGUAAAUAUUGUUUCCUGAGCUUUAUGCGAAGUUGAUGAUAACAGGCUAACAAGUCUUCUUUCGGUUUCUUUAGGGGCUAGACAACCUUAUGUGAUAUCGCGUUUUUGAGUCGGGUGGUUUAACACUGAUGUUCGUUGCUUUUGAUGAUUUUUUUUCUGGCGUUAUUCGUGCAUUACAGAAAGCAACAACAGCUACAGCAAACAGUAGCCACUCAAAAUAUUGCUCCUGUAAACAUUUUGAAUAGAUCAGUUUUCUUUUCAAAUAGGUGGUAAAUGGCGCCCCACUUAUGCCGCGGAAAUAAAGGGAACUAAAAUCCAGAAACUGGAAACGAGUAGUAACUAUUGGAAACGAGUAGUAACUAUUGGAACCCCAAUAGUUACUUGUCGUUCUUUAACUAAAUCCAUAUGUAUUGCUUUAGCAGUAUUUUAAGUCAAUAGUCGUCCGUUUGAUAAUCAAAGGUCAGUCAUUUUCUAUCGCAAAUUUUUCUGUGCACAUAUAUAAUAUCUGUCCCACUGUAUCGGAGAUCGAAUAUAUUUUUUGUUUGUUUUAUUAACUGAAAUAUUUGUUACUGUAUGUUCUGCGGUCGGUUCAAUUUGGAAUCAUGCCGAGUAACUUAAUCUUGUUUUGUCAGCACAAAUGGAGUGUAGCCUUCACGUAUUCUCAACGACGAGCUUAAGCAUUAUAGGGCAUGCUUAAAUGCAUUAUCGGCCUUCGCCACUCGAUAGACCCACAUUGUGUUUUGACGCGGAAGAAGCUCUAGUAUCAUUGGCUACAGUGUGAUAACGGGGCACUCUAAGUUGACCUCACCCUUCCAAUGAAACGGUUUCUGAGUUCACAAUUGCUUCAGUCACAAGCCUAUGAGACAACACACUUUUUAAUUAAAGUUUCUUCUAGAACACACAUAUCGAUGUAAUCUAGGCGACUCUUGAAGUGCUUAACUCGGCGGAAAAAAGACGUUUGCUACAGGUGACCGAGAGUUUAUUUACUCGUGUAAAUAUCGGUGUAUCGCAGCGGGGUUGGUAUGCCCAGUGACGACGAGCACACACAGAUAUACACUCACACGAUAACAGCAGAGUAUUUUGCUUACAAGCGUUUAUAAUAAAGGAAAAAAAAAGUAUUGCUCUUCUAAGUAUACUUGCCGUAUUUGUUCAUGCAUGUGUAUGGACGUGCGUAAUACACAUUGUUACGUGUGCUUCUUCAUACUUGUGCUGGAUUGAACGAGAAGUGUGUGCCACGCAGGUCGCACCCCUGUCUUGUGUCGCAAUAGAGAUAUACAAAAAAAGUAAAAAAAUGCGAAAAAAAAAACUGGCUUUUUGUAGUAGCAUGAUUCAGUGAUGAGAUGGCGUUGUUUCUCGUUAAUUUUAUUUAGUAUGUUGUGGUCUGUGAACUGAACUUGGUGUACCAGGUUGAAACGGACACAAAUACACAUUACACACCGUCAAAAAAAAAAUAUUGUACUUUGUAGGGUGCAGCUUGUGGAUACAUAUAUAGUUACGCAUUGUAGACAGUUAUAUAGCGUGCCGUUUUGGGGGGAAACGAGAAACAUAACAAAACAGGUAUUUCGCAAUAAGCAGCUUUUUUGUGGGCAGAGUGCUCUCCUUAUAUUGCGUAUUUUGUUCCUAUUGCCGGGUUCUCGGUUAGUGUUUAGAUGGAAUCGGUUCUCAAAACUACGGGUUAACUCAGUCGAUAACCUGCAAAGUGUUUCGUGUGAUUUUUUGGUACGCUCUACGUUGAAUUUCUGUUCAGUUCUAAAUAAAAGAAAAUGUCAAAACAA